UUCGAUCCGACCGCCUGUAUGUCCUCCAUUCUGGUCCAAUUGUUGGGCCCUAGGGCCCACGAUCGGAUCAGCUUGAUAUCGCUCAACUCAAUGUGGACAUAUUGGGAAGAAUUACGCUCGUUUUGCAAAAUCGCCAAAUAAACAGAUCUCCCUGUGUGUGUGGCCACCUUAUGUUGGACAUAACUUUGGUACGUUUGCUGUCACAGGCAGAAUAUCGUAUGAUUUGUUCGUUUACUACUUUAUUUAAUCUGAAUGGUUAGUAAGAAAGAUAGGGACUGAUCGCUCAUGGGUUAUAAAAGGUAAAACCUGCAGGCGUAUGGCCAUCUUUAUUGGAAACAAGGCCACAUAAACAUAAGUAGAAUAUGCGCAUGGAUCCACAAGAGGGGUAACGUAGCGUGUCUGUGGUACAUGGCAAAGUCAGGGUGACAUUUUGUGCCUCAGGAAAUCCUGUAUAAAUGUUGGUAGCUUGUGUUGUUAGACUGGUAGAAGUGUAAGGAGGGUGCUUGGGGUGAGAGGGAUAGUUUAUAGUUGCGUGACAAAUAAUCCCAUAUAAUGCGCAGUAAUACACGUAUCCCCGCUGCGUGCUUUGUUUCUGUAGAUAAAGGUGGCGGUGCUGCGGAGGUCGUGGCGUUAUGUUGGGGCUGAAGGUCAUGGUUCGCGUGAGUAGUUGGCCUGCGGCUGUCGCUGCCUUUAGGUCUAGUUGUUACACUGCUACAGCCAGUCACAGCCUCCUCCUCACCCGGGCAAUGUCCGUCUCGUUGCACGUCUCCCCCGCGCGCUGUCUGUUUGACGAGCCCCUAAGGAUGAGCGUGUCCGGCCUGAGUCCCGGGCAGCAGGUCACCCUCCAGGCACUUGUUACAGAUGAAGCCGGGGAGACCUUCACCUCAUUUGGCCGGUACCGGGCAGGAAACAGCGGGGAGUUGACUCUGUCACGGUCCCCGGCUCUGGCGGGCGGCAGUUUCACUGGGGUAGAGCCGGAGGGUCCCCUGUGGUCCCUGCAGCCCCGGAGCCCAUUCAGGAGGUUUGUGCGGAAGGACGUGCAAAGCCCAAUACGGCUCGAGCUGUCUCUCUAUCGGGACCAUGAACCGCUGGGGCCGCUACUGUCCACCGUCUCCCAGGAGAGGGGAUUCCUCGGGGCAGGAGUGAGCCGGAUCCCCGUGCGGGAGGGCAAGGUCCGGGGAAGCCUCUUCCUGCCGCCCGGAUCGGGCCCUUUUCCUGCCAUCAUUGAUUUGUACGGUACAGGUGGUGGACUGAUGGAACACAGGGCCAGCCUUCUAGCCAGUCGGGGGUUUCUGACAUUGGCACUCGCCUAUUUUGACUAUGACGAUCUUCCCAAAGACAUAGGCGGACUUCACCUGAGCUAUUUCAAGGAAGCAUUGCAGUUUCUAAGAAGUCUUCCACAGGUUAACAAUCAAGAAGUUGGGGUUAUUGGCAUCUCAAAGGGCGCGGAUUUGGCAGUUUCUAUGGCAACAUUUCUUACUGGCAUCAAGGCGGUUGUUAGUGUCUCUGGUUGUAGUGCUAAUUCCUUUACCUCAUUACAGUGUGAAGGUUUUACUCUUCCGGGCCUAGGGUUCAACCCAGAGAAAAUAAAGUUCACUGAAUCAGGAGUGUUAGACUUCUCAGAAGCCAUGGAUGAUCCCAAAGACCCGGCAAACGAAUCCUGUCUUAUUCCAGCAGAAAAAUCUAACGCUGCAUUUCUCUUCCUUUCUGGAUCAGAUGACAUGAAUUGGCCUAGUUCUGCAUAUAGUGAACAGAUUGUGUUGCGCCUCAGAGCACAUGGAAAGGAUGUGGAAUCCCACACUUAUCCUGGAGCUGGACACCUAUUGGAACCUCCUUACUUCCCUUUGUGUCAGGCAUCUAAUCACAAACUCCUGGGUAUUCCAAUGUUAUGGGGUGGACAUCCGAGAGAGCAUGCUAGGGCACAGAAAGAUUCAUGGCAAAAAAUCCAGAGUUUCUUUAAUAAGCACCUUAUGCAGGUUAAUUCUAAAAGUAGCCGACUGUAAAACUACUAAUUUUUGAAAAUAUAUUCAGAAUGUAUUUGUAAUUACACAAGUACAGAUGGAGAAUACUUGAAUGUAGCACGUUGCACAGCAAAAGGGUUAGUUUAAAAGUGUUAGAAUAUGUGCUCCAUUUGUAGGUUGUGUAUUGAAUAGAGUGGUAGAACAGGAUUGCUCAGCUUCUCUCCUUGAAUAACCUCAUGUGGUCAUGCCCAUGUAUUUCUGGCUUCUGCAAGAAAACAAUACAUUUUAUGAACAGUUUUUUAAUAAUGAAUCAAUAGUGUAAUUUUGACUAGGAAAGUUAAUCCUUGUUUUUUUUUAAAUUAAACAGAAAAUAAUAUAUUUUUUAAUAUGAAAUGUUUAAAGUAUAACAAUCUCACCAGUUUUAAAAUCAGUCUGGGUGUCAUUUUGUUUUGCUUUUUUGUUUGUAACAGGUUUCUUAGCUGUUUCAUUAAUUUAGUUUUAUUAAAAUAAUCGAUUUCA